AUGCAGGGGUCAUAUGGAGCCAUUCUCUUGCGGAUUCUUCUAGGACUGGUUGGCUUCGCGGUUCAAUCCUGGAAUGGGGGCCUCUGCAUCGUGGCUCUCCUCAGUGCCAUCUUUCCUUCUUACUUCCACCUCCGAAAUACCAUUCCUGAAUCCUCCCACGUCACCACUAGCCAAAUGAUCGGAUGGCUGGUCUUUCUUGCUCUAUCCGUUCCAUUGAUCUACGUUCGACCAGAACGAGCUCCGAAGGCCAUGGCAGUGAUGAAUAUCCUAACACUCGUUACUAUCGUUGGUAUUCUCAUCUGGGCCUUGACCGCUGCACAUGGGGUUGGUCCACUGUUGUCCCAAUCAGCAACCGUAGUAACCUCCUCGCAGCUGGGAUGGUCAAUGCUGAGUGGGAUCAACGCGGUGAUUGGCACCGUUGCCCCUGCCCUAAUGAGUCAACCUGACUUUUCUCGAUUUGCACGCCGCGAAAAGGACCAAAUAUGGGGGCAAGCCGUGGCCUUCAUUUUGGUUGGUACAAUAAUGCCUCUCUUUGGCUGUAUGGUCUCUUCUGCAACUCUAAAGAUCUACGGAGAAGCGAUCUGGAACCCUCCUGUUCUCAUCGUGGUCUGGCUUUCGCACAAAUACGACUCUGCUACUCGUGCCGCUGCCGCCUUCGCUGGAAUUGGAAUGACCAUCAGCCAACUCGCGGUUCUCGUUGUCGACAACGCCUACUCGGUCGGGAUUGACCUCUGCGGGUUGUUUCCCACUUACCUCAACAUUCGUCGCGGCUCAUAUCUGGGACUAGCCCUGGGGAUGACCUUUUGUCCGUGGGAGCUACUGUCCAGCGCUGCUGUUUUUCUCUCGGUUAUCUCCGGCUUCACUGUCUUCUUCGGUCCGAUUUGCGGAAUUCAGAUCUGUGAUUAUUGGGUACUACGGCGCCAACGCCUUCGCCUGUCGGACCUCUAUCAUCUCCGGCCAGAGGGUAUAUACUAUUAUGUUCUUGGAGUCAACUGGCGCUCAUUUGUAGCAUGGGUGGCCGGUUGGGCCCCAUUGUUGCCAGGAUUCAUGCAGACUGUGCAACCAGCGAUUCCGCUGCGGACCUCCAUCGCGAAGCUUUACGACUUAGCAUUUGUAUUAGGAUUUGCGAUCGCGUUUUUGGUGCAUCUGGGUUUGAAUCUCAUUUUCCCGCCUUCGGGUCUAGGGGAGAUUGAUGACACUGACAUUUACCUUACCUUUACGCAUGAUGAAGCUCAGGCCCUGGGCUGGCCUGCCGAUAGCUCAGUGCAUUUCGAAAUUGUGGAGGUGGACAGGGGCUAG